AUGGAUCAGGGCCAUCCCAUCCACCUAAAACACGACGAAGCCGUGACGGAAGAAAACCCCCAGUACGGCACAAGACACCUACCUCUUCAAGAGUGGUGGGAGCUCAUGCAAGAGCAAGACCGAAAGCCUCAACUAAUAGAUGGUGCUGUGGGUUAUACGGCUUGCAAAUGGUCGCCGGAUGAGAUCGACAACAUAGCAUUUACGAGGGUGAUGAGCAACUGCCAGUCCUUCGUUCGUCUGCUUGUCGACAUGAUCGGAGACAGCAACACUCGAAGCAACGCUCAGUACCCUUCUUCCUUCGACAAACUGAUGCAAUCGGCCUACCGCGGCUACUUGUGGACCUCUAUAGGGCUUGGCACUGCGGCGAUGGGUGCGGCUUUUCUGCUGCCGUUCGACGGGGGAAGUAGUGCCACAUAUCUAGCCUGUGCAGCCAAUGUCACCCUUCAGAAUGCCAGAACUGGAGCCAAAGGCAGAUACGACAAGGAAAUGGCGGUAUGGGUAGCACAUCAAGAGCUGAGAGAGAAACUGCGACUGGAGGGAGUUUUCAAUUCUUAG